AUGGCUCUCACUACUGGAAAAGUUGAUAUGUUUACAGAAAUCUACGUGAACCAUGCGAAUGGAACAAUCAAAGAUCUGGUCGCAAAGGACAAACCCCAUAGGAUCUCAAGGAGGGAAAUCGAAUAUCAAAUCCUAGAAGGAAUCGACAAUUCCGAAUUCCCUACUGCUUUCCGUAUCGUAUUCUACUCAAUGGUCUUGCAUACCAAUACAUUCGAUGGUUACUGGUUUGGCCAGCAAAAUCUGCUUGGCUUACCAAAAUUUUCAAUCACUCGGCUGAAGCCUGAUAUGUCCCUGCUUCGGAACCUUCAUGGCACGGGAGCCCUUGAUAUAUUAACAUCUUUAUCCAGCGAUGAGUCUGAUGCAUCAGGUGCUGAGGAGAGUGAAGAAGAAGACAUAUUUCAAAAUGAUGACCUGGAUACAACAAAAGUUCCUACUCCAUUUGACCCAGCCAAUGACCCAGCCUAUUCACUUAUUAACAGGGGACAUGUUAGUAUCGAGCCCAGCGAAGUCGAGUUUUCCGAUCGUGAAGAAGAAUCUCAUCCAGCUCGCUCAUCUACCCACACACAGUAUCCAACGCCAAAUGAAACCCCCGUCCAAAGGAGAAAGUGCGCUGCUGCCGUGCACGACGAAAACGAAACACAAGAAGGUGAUUAUACGAUACCAGGCGCAGACUGGAUGACCGAAGAUAUGCUGGACGAAGAUUACAUUGACCCUUCUUUUAUUGAUUGUCCCGUGAUAACAGCAUUUGGUAUACCCUUAAACAAUCCAGCACAAGUCAAUAUGCCAGCCAGUUCCCCAGUUCCAAAGCCUGGUGAUUUGACAUCGAAGAGCUCAGCAAAGGGCAGGCGAGGCGGUGGUCCUAAAAAACAGGUACGUCUUGCAGCUCUUCCACAAUAG